UGUUGGAUCACCACAGAGAGGCGCCGUAGCCCUUCCUCUGCUCUGCUCUCGGGGUUCAUCUCUGGAGUUGGAACUGGGGGUUUAAUAGUUUGUGGUGACGUCAGCGGGCAGAUCUGGGGUUUGAGCUGCGCGUCUCCGGAUGAAACUCAGUGGCGCAGCGGCAGGAUAUUUACCACACGGGUCUGUGCGGAAAGUCUAGAGGGGCCAACAGCCGGCUGCACGUUUGAGGAAGACUCCGACCCCGGCCUCUGUGAAUACAGACAGGCGCAGGAAGAUGAUUUUGAUUGGCAGCUUGUACGGACCUAUAGCUGGCCGCACGUGACCUCUGACCUUAUACGAGGCUCCUACAUGAUGGUGAACUCUUCUCAGUACGGCGCCGGACAGCGGGCCCAGCUCAUGCUACGUCCGCUGAGUGAGAACGACACACACUGUGUGCAGUUCAGCUAUUUUCUGUACAGCCGUGACGGACACAGUCCCGGGGCCCUGAGUGUGUAUGUGCGAGUGAACGGCGGCUCACGGGGAAACGCCGUAUGGAACGUGUCCGGCUCUCGGGAGCGGCAGUGGCAUCAGGUGGAGCUGGCUGUCAGCACGUUCUGGCCCAGCGAGUACCAGAUCGUUUUUGAAGCCACGGUCUCCUCCGAGCCGACGGGAUACAUCGCCCUGGAUGAUAUAGUGCUGUUAAACUACCCCUGCUAUAAAGUGCCUCAUUUCUCCAGACUCGGGGACGUAGAGGUGAACGCGGGGCAGAACGCCACGUUUCAGUGUGUGGCGACGGGACGAUCGGCUAAGACUGAUCCCUUCCUCAUGGAGAGGCGUAACGGUGUUUUGAUGUCGCCACACUCCGUGACGUCAUCAGUCGGAGAGCGCCGAUUGGUUGCAUGGUUUCAGGUGGGCGGAGCCCAGCGCGGGGAGCAGGACCUGUACCGAUGCCUCACUCAGUCCACAUACGGAGCUGCAGUGUCUAACUUCGCAGAACUCAUCGUCAGAGUCCCGCCCACCCCGAUAGCUCCGCCCCAGCUGCUGCGCUCCGGCCCCACGUAUCUGAUCAUCCAGCUCAACACUAACUCUAUCGUGGGCGACGGGCCGGUGAUCCGCAGAGAGAUCGUGUACAGGGCCAGUCAUUCGCCGUGGUCUGAAACACACGGAGUCAACUCACUGACGUAUAAAGUCUGGCAUCUGGAACCCGACACAGAGUAUCGCAUCAGCGUUCUCCUCACCCGGCCCGGAGAGGGUGGAACCGGCCCGCCAGGACCCCCGCUGGUCAGCAGAACCAAGUGUGCAGAGCCCAUGCGUCCCCUGAAAGGUUUGACGGCCUCAGAGAUUCAGUCCCGUCAGCUGCUCCUGCAGUGGGAGCCGGUGGGAUACAACCUGACGCGCUGCCAUACGUACUCGCUGUCGCUGUGCUACCGCUACUCCACCGCUACUGGGGGCGGAGCUGGCGGAAAUAACGCCACGGUGAGGGAGUGUCUGUCGGUGGAGGGGAACACCUCCCGCUUUACACUUCGGGAUUUACCACCUUUCCACGCCGUGCAUGUGAGGCUGGCGCUGGCCAAUCCAGAGGGCAAGAAAGAGAGCCGAGAAGUGACCUUUCAGACGGAGGAAGACAUCCCAGGAGGAAUUGCACCCGAGUCUUUAACAUUCACCCCAUUGGACGACAUGAUCUUUCUGAAGUGGGAGGAGCCUUUGGAGCCCAAUGGUCUGAUCACACAGUAUGAGAUCAGCUACCAGAGCAUCGAAUCGUCCGAUCCCAGCAUCAACGUCCCCGGCCCACGGCGCACUGUCUCCAAACUGAAGAACGAGACGUAUCACAUGUUCUCCGGGCUUCACCCUGGCACCACGUACCUGGUGUCUGUCCGUGCCCGCACCGCGAAGGGCUUUGGCCAGACCGCCCUGACCGAAAUCACUACCAACAUCUCAGCGCCUGCAUUCGAUUAUGAAGACGUCCCGUCUCCACUGAGUGAAUCUGAGAGCACCAUCACAGUCCUGCUGCGUCCAGCCUUGGGGAGAGGAGCACCUGUUAGCACCUAUCAUGUGGUUGUGGUGGAGGAGGACAGCUCCAGACAGGUGAGGCGGAGGGAGUUGGGUCACAUGGAGUGUUUCCCUGCUCCUUCCUCCCACGGGGAGACUCCAGGGGGAGGGGCAAGCGGUGCAUCUCAUUACUACACCGCUGAGCUCCCACCCAGCAGUUUGCCCGAGGCCACGCCCUUCACCGUGGGGGACAACCACACCUACAAUGGCUACUGGAACACACCUCUUGACCCCAGCAAGAAUUAUAUAAUCUACUUCCAGGCCUCCAGUAACUUCAGAGGGGAGACCAGGAUCAACUGCAUUCGGAUCGCUCGUAAAGGUGCCUGCAGGGACCAUAAGCACGCUCUGGAGGUGUCCCAGCAUGCCGAGGACAUGGGGCUGAUUCUGGGAGCCUGUGCUGGGGGACUGGUGGUUCUCAUCCUCCUGCUGGGAGCCAUCGUGGUUAUUGUCAAGAAAGGAAGGGACAUCUAUUCAUACCCCUACUACCCCAGGAAGAAGGUGAACAUAAACAAAGCUGUCAUGACAUAUCGUCAAGAGAAGACGCGUAAGCUGGGCUCACUGGACUGCAGCACGACCGAGCACAGCACACUGCAACAGGACGACCGCACCGCACACACCUUCAUGGAUUCACACAACUGCACUGCCAAGAAUGAGCAGCGCAGCUCUGUAAACGAGUCCAGCAGCCUGCUGGGUGGUUCUCCCAGAAGGCAUUGCAGGAGAAAGAGUUCUCCAUACCACACGGGGCAGCUCCACCCGGCAGUGAGAGUGGCAGACCUGCUCCAGCACAUCAACCAGAUGAAGACCGCAGAGGGCUACGGGUUCAAGCAGGAGUACGAGAGUUUUUUCGAUGGCUGGGACAUCAAUGAAAAGAAGGACAAGACCAAGGGCCGACAUGACACCCUUCUGGGCCAAGACCGCCACCGUGUCAAAAUGCAUUCUCUCCUGGCGGAUCCUAACUCGGACUAUGUCAAUGCAAACUACAUUGAUAUUCGGAUAAACAGGGAACUUAAUGUGCAGAGUCAACUGCAACAGUGGCGUGAGUUUGGAGACAACACUGGCGGGUAUCAGCGCUCCAAUCAUUUCAUCGCAACACAAGGGCCCAAGCAGGACAUGAUCUAUGACUUCUGGCGCAUGGUUUGGCAGGAGAACUGCUACAGCAUCGUGAUGAUCACCAAACUGGUGGAGGUGGGGAGAAUGAAGUGCUGUAAAUACUGGCCAGAUGAAAGUGAGCUCUAUGGAGACAUUAAAAUUACUCUUCUGAAAACCGAAUCGCUGGCAGAAUACACCGUACGCACCUUUGCCAUGGAGCGGCGGGGUUACCCAGCCAAGCAUGAAGUCUGCCAAUUCCACUUUACGUCUUGGCCAGAGCACGGCGUCCCGUUUCAUGCCACAGGACUGCUGGCCUUCCUCCGGCGGGUCAAAGCCUCCACACCACCGGAUGCUGGGCCAGUGGUUGUCCACUGCAGUAUGGGCGCGGGCCGCACCGGCUGUUAUAUAGUGCUGGACGUGAUGCUGGAUAUGGCGGAGUGUGAGGGUGUGGUGGACAUCUAUAACUGUGUGAAGACGCUCUGCUCACGACGAAUUAAUAUGAUCCAGACUGAGGAGCAGUAUAUAUUCAUUCAUGAUGCCAUACUGGAGGCCUGUCUGUGCGGAGAGACCGCCAUCCCCAUCAGUGAGUUUAUGCUCACCUAUAAGGACAUGUUGAGUGUGGAUUCUCAGACCAACACCUCUCAACUUCGAGAAGAGUUUCAGACUCUAAACUCGGUCACCCCUCACCUGGAUGUGGAGGAGUGCAGUGUGUCUCUGCUGCCCCGGAACCGCGAGAAGAACCGGAGCAUGGAUGUGUUGCCGCCGGACCGCGCCCUCGCGUUUCUCGUGUCCACCGAGGCGGACGGCAACAAUUACAUCAACGCGGCCCUGAUGGACAGCUUCCUGCAGCCGGCUGCGUUUGUGGUCACCCCUCACCCCCUGCCCACCACCACCGCUGACUUCUGGAGACUCGUGUUUGACUACGGCUGUACCUCCAUCGUCAUGCUCAACCAACUCAACCAGUCCAACUCUGCCUGGCCUUGUCUGCAGUAUUGGCCUGAAACAGGGAUGCAGCAGUACGGACCCAUGACAGUAGAGCUGCUCUCCAGAUCCACCGAUGACAACGUUGUUACUCGUCUAUUCAGGGUGAACAACAUCACACGGGACCCCAGAGAGAUCCACCCGUGUUGGAAAGAUGAUUCUCGCUUCUCCAAAAAGUUGCAGGAAGGUCAUCUGGUGGUACGACAUUUCCAGUUCCUGCGCUGGUCGGCUUAUCGUGAAAUCCCAGACUCCAAGAAGGCCUUUCUCACGCUGCUGGCACAAGUGCAGAAGUGGCAGCGGGAGUGUGGCGAUGGGCGCACUAUAGUGCACUGCUUGAAUGGCGGGGGCCGUAGCGGCACUUUCUGCGCGUGCACCAUGAUCAUGGAGAUGGUGCAUCAUCACAACAUGGUCGACGUGUUCUACGCCGUCAAGACGCUCCGCAACUCCAAGCCCAACAUGGUGGAGUCAAUGGAGCAGUACAGGUUCUGCUACGAGCUGGCUCUGGACUACCUGGACUGCCUGGAGGUCAGAUAACACAAGAGCUCAAGACCUCAUCAACGCUGGCUUCAACCUCUUCACCUUGCCUCCUCUUCUUCCUUUCACUUGGGCCAAUCCAGCCCGUAUGAAUGAGCCGUUCUGUCCUCCAGUGAGAACGCAUAUCGACGUCAAGAGUGGACCUGAAGGACGUGGCACAUUUCUCUAACCUUCAACCUCUAUUGUUCUCCGUGUACUUUUUGUUUUGGUGUUUUCGCUGACCUCCUGUGCCAGUUAUUCCUGCCGAAUCCUGGAGAGAAUUGAUGACAUUUCUAUAGCUUUAUGGCGUACCUCUUUGAUCACGUGACUGGCUCUGAGCCUUACACACCAUGCAGAGGAAAACACACAGCGACAACGUGGGAGAUGACCUUGUGUUUGUGCAUUACGUGUGUUGUUAAUUGGAAAGCAUAGCUUGAAUGGGAGGGUGUGAUAAUUGAUGAAUUAUUUAAAGCUGAUCUGUAUAAUUUGUUGAUGUUAAUCUCCCAUCCCAGCUUGUUGUGAGCCGUUAAUAGGUUGAUUAUCACUGUGGCGCCAUCGAAACGUUGCUCUAUUCGUUUGAGCAUCCCAACACACAAACUUUGACUCAACCAGUAGCGUGAGUUGGGGCAGGACUGUGUGUUUGGCUGACCAGUAACUGAGCUGUUUAAAACAGUGAGUUUAUCUAUUUGGUGCAAAAAGGACACUCUUCACCUUUAAAUCGGAAAGUGGCACUCGAAAGGUCAGACAGGUCACAAGAAUACCUACAAAUAUGGUUUCUAGGUUGAUUUUUUCUGGGGGGGGUAAAUAUAAUAUAUUUUGCAAAAAAAAAAAAGUUUAUAGAUGUUGUCUUUAAUGUGCCAACUCGCGCGUGUGUGUUCGCACAAAGAGGAUCAAUGAUGGAUCUGCAUGCCUGUUUCAUGUUUCAUUGCAAUCCAUUGUGACCAGUCCGCUUUGGGUGCCGCUGCUCGCUGUCCUUGAGCACAGUAAAACUAAAAGAAAUACGCAACUAUAUAAAAUAAACUAACAUGCUACGGUUGGAAUAUGGUGAGGCAUUCGCCAAAAAAAGUUGCUUUUUAUCUUUGUAUUUAUUGGUUGUGUUCGAUUUUCUAAAAAAAAAAAAAAAGUAACAUUAACGAAUAAAACAUUCCAAUGUU